AUGGACAUAAUAAGGAUUUUAGAAGUUACAAAGGCAGAAAUGAUGCUUCGCGCAAAGUUAGGAUUGGCCCCACUAAACCUUGACCUAAGCAAGUCAAGUGGUGACCCUAAGAAACAAGAUUUUGUCCAUGCUCCUGCUAAAAAUGUUCGAGAGUCACAGAAAGCAGAUAAAUUGAAGGAAAAACUUGAAACCCUUAAAGAAAAACGUCUAAUAUUAGAAAAGCUUCGCAACACUCAAUCUCUUGGAUCUGGUGGUGAAACCAUGACCCUUUCCUGGGUAGAAAAGAUGCGUAUAAAGGAGAAGCAAAAGGAGGAAGCAAGGAACAGGAAUAAUUAUGAUUCAAAAGAUCUUGCAGGUCUAAAAAUUCAACACGAUUCUAAAAAAUUCGCAGAUGAAAAAUCAAUAAUACUUACCCUAAAGGAUAAGGAAAAUGUAAACUUGGUUGAUGAUGAAAAGGCUGAUAUAAACCGCAAGAAUAAGAGGAUGACACUGGGCCUUGGUGCAAUUGUGGAUGAUGAUUUCGAGGAAGUAUCCUUAGGACUAAAAGCAAAAGGAAUUCUGGAUAAGUAUGAUGUGGAAAUUGAUGGCGAAAAGAAAGAUGAAAUUGUAUUGGGAAACAGUGGAAUGUAUCUAGCUGAUCAUGAAAGAGCUAUGGAGCGUCUUCAAGCUGAGCUUCGAGCCAGUGCCGUACGUUGGUACCAUUAA